CGCUCCGCGCCGGCAGCGCAGCGGCCAUGGGGGCGCGGCUGGGUCGGCGGACCGGACCCGAGGCGGCCUCGGAAGCCGGGGCGGCGGCGGGGUGCGGGCCCGCGCCCUAUGAGCGCCGGGUGCGCUGGCUCCGCGAGAUCCAGUCCACGCUCCGCGAGCGGCGGCCCGAGCGCGCGCGGCAGCUGCUGCGCCUCCUGCGCCAGGACCUGGGCCUCGAGGGGACCCUCCUCACCGACAUCCUCUAUAGGAAUGUGGCCUUCCUCAAUCUGGUGGACCCUAUCUCCCAUGACCUGCUCGUGAACCUGGCCCGUGACCUGCAGUGCCCCAAGACGGACUAUGAGCUCUGGAAGUCCUCGGACAAGAUCUGCCGACAGCUCAUCUACCACCUCACCCCUCACUCCAAGCGGCAGCGAGGAUCCAGCCUGCUCCAGAGGAAGACCCAGAGCUGCCUCAAGAGCAGCCUCCAGGUGACUCAGCUGGCUGGGGAGACCGUGAACCUGUCGGGGAUUCCACUGUCAGCGCGGGAUGUGCAGCACAUUGUGCGCUACCUGGGAAACCAGGGAGCCGGGCUCACGGUGCUGGACCUGAGCUUCACGGGGCUCAGUGAUGAGCUUCUGCGCCUGCUGCUACCCAGCCUCUGGACGCUGCCCCGCCUCACCCAGCUCCUGCUCAACGGCAACAGGCUGACGAGGGCCACUGCCCGUGAGCUCACUGAGGCCGUCAAGGACUCCACCAAGUUCCCCGCGCUGGCCUGGGUAGACCUGGGCAACAAUGUGGACGUGGCCUCCUUGCCCCAGCCCCUGCUGGUCGGCCUACGCCGGCGGCUGAGCCAGCGCACCUCACUCCCCACCAUCUAUGAGGGCCUGGACCUUGAGCCUGAGGGUAGUGAGGCCAGGGCCACCUCUGCUGCCUCCACCUGGGGCUCUGCAGCUGCCGAGCCAGGGUCGGAGCCCCAGGCCUGCUGCACGAGGUGACCUGCCACCACCCUGGCUGCUGCUACCUGACUGCCAGUGGCACAUGGGAUGGGGGAUGAUGGAGGCCUUCUAGGUCCCCAGAAAUCCAGUGUAAAUACUCAGCCUGGGAUUAAGGGGAUGGAAGGAGAAUGCGUUCACUAGAGGCUAGAUGGUCAGCCCAGGAUGGAGUCUCAGACUUCCCUCAGCAGGAGGGCCCAGAACCUGCUGUGCCGAUCCCACAGUAAACAGUGAUGUCCCCCUCUGCCUCAGCCUUUCUGCACCAUGGACCUCAGGGCCACUGAGCGCCAGCUUGCUUCUGGGGUGGGGAAAGGGGUGGCCAAAGACUCAGGGACACUGCACACCUGAAAGGGAGGGACCAAGCUCUCACUGACUUACCCCAGGUAUUACUCCCUGAGAAGACACCAAGGUGUAAGGGUCAGGUCCAUCUGUGGUCUGGGGAGUUAGGGGAGGCCUCCAGGGACCUCGCCUUCACAUCUGGGUGGGGCUUGGAGAAGAGCAGUUGGGAGGGCACAGAGGGGCAAAGCUCAGAAUGGAGCCCCACAGCAAUCUUGGGCCUGAGCCCAGGAUGCUGACCUCCCCACCAGGGAGGGCCCCUUGGGCUGAGGACAAGACUGUGCUGACAGGAGGCAAGGUUCAUCUCCCACAGAUGGACAAGUGCUGCCCCCCCCCCCUAGGACCCCCCCCCCCCCCCCCCCCCAGGCUCCCUGUACUGAGUCAGUGGGGAAUUCCAUGGGGUUAGGAGAUACCUUAGACCAGAGACAAAGGGCUUGUGUGUUCCCUCCAGGCCCUGGAGGCCCGUGUGCACAGUCCUCCCCUCUGGGGGACUCCAAGAAAGCGUGCAGGACGUGGGGGUGGGUACAUCCAGCAGCAGGGGACUUGGGGUGGAGCAUUCCGAGGGCUUCCCAGGGGUAGUCUGCUCCCAGAAAGGGGCUAUCUUCCCUCCCCACAAGCACCAUCAGGGCAGGCUCUGGAUCAGAAGCCUAAAGCCAUGGUCAGCCUCACAGCCUUGUACGGAGAGCUGAGUACAGCCCAACUCGGAGUUGGACAGGGCAAAGACAAGGAAGGAAUUUGAACAUGUCUGGGGGGGAAACUGAGGCCCAGAGUGGGGAAGACAGCAGCCUAAGUCUCCCAUGCAGAGCCAGGUCAGGUCUGGGGCAGUGGGGAUCCUCACAGAUGAGGAGAGACCUGGAGGCAAAGAAAAGCCCUCUGGGCCAAAGAGAAGGUAGGACUCUCCCAGGCCCACCAGCUAACCCUCCUCCGCAGUGGGGCCCACAGGGGACCAUGAGUCAGCACGGAUUCCAGGCUGGCUAGAUAUGCAACAGCCCCUUGAGUGAGAAAGGAGAUGACCAAGAAGGGUGAAGACAGGGAGGUGCUGAGUUCCAGGACCAGGAAGGAGGUGGGGAGGAAAAGGAGCUCCCUCUCUACUGCUGCCUGCCCACCCCAAGGGCAGGCCCCUGCCAGUCUGGCUGCUUUUGGAGAAACCUUUAUCUGGAGGUGGUGGGAAGGGUGUGGAGAACACCAGGUUCAGCCCAGCUCUGCUCCUGACUUACUGUUGGGACCUGGCCAGGGCCUCCUCUCUCCCUGCCUUGGGUAAAUAGGACUGCCUGUCCAUAGUACCUUCCAGCUCUCAACCCUCCAGCCUGGGGUCCUGGCCCUGUCAGUCCUCCUUGUUUUAAAGACACGGGCUUGCCCAUUGUGCUCUUACUCUGGAACAGGGGGGUCAGGCUCCCCAGAGCAAGGCAAAGUGGGGUGGGAGAUGAAAGGGGCCAGCUUGGAGAAGGAUAGGGAAGCCAGCCUUGCACUGGGCAGGCUUGUAAGUCCGUCACAGGCAGGCAGCAGUAUUCUCCUGUGACUCCUUGCUGGAGAAAUGCCAAGCUCUCUGACCCUCCUGCCCUCCUGCCCCCCUCACUCCCUGCCCACCACUGGCCCAAAUCCAGCCCACAAACCUUGAACGUUGCCGCCGGGAGAGACUCCUACCGGGAUGGUGUGAGGACCUGAGCCGGGUGUCACUAGGCGAGCUCUGGGAGAAUUCAGGCAGCGGCAGCUGGUCUCAAUCUCCCCGCCUCUCAGACGGAGGCACGCAAUGCAAUAGCUGAGCUAGAGCACAAAACAGCUCAAGAGAAGAGGGUUGGCUUUGUUGCCAGGCAGGUAUCCACAACCCCUUCACGUGCCCUCAUGUCAGGGCCUCACAGCCACCAGUGGGGCUACUCUACAGGCAGGUACACUCCAAGAGGAGGGGGCUUGUGCCUCUCAAAGCUUGGUGGGCAGAGAGGACAUGCCAGGUGGGCUCCAGCCCGAGUUCCAGACCCAAGAGGAAGCAGGUAGGCCUUGCCCAGCCCCAGUCUUGGAGGCAGACAGACUCAGCCUGGUUCUGGCUCUGUCACCCACUGGUGGUAUCCUCUCAGGGUCCGUUCCUUCAUCUUGGGAACCAGGUAUAUCAAGUCUCCCCUUGCCCUGUCGGAGAGAGCAUGAUAUAAGGUUUGGAAAGUGCCUGCUACGUGGGGGGCACAGGGCAGGCACUCUUCAGCAUCAGUGGGGCCUCCACCCAGGGCUCUCAGAAUGGAAAUGGCAGGAGCCCAAACCUUUGGGACUAAAGCCAAAGCCAUGCAUUUAUUUGGAGGGCACUUCUGUAGCCUUUCUGUUGGCAAAGUAUUGUUCUGAUGGCUUUACGUUUCGUUAAUGCUCUUCAUACUUAUGAGUGAGUAAACUGAUACAGGGACAGGUUAAGUGAUCUGUCCAAAGUCAAAGAGCUAGAAACCGGAGGAGCCGGGAUGUGAGGGGGAGGCCCACAUUGUCUGUGAUGCUACCCCCUGCCUGAUGCUGCCUAUCCCACAGCCAGCCUGGGGGCUGAGGAUUCACUGGAACUCUUGAGCAAGCCUCUGCCAAAGACACCAUUCGAUACAGGAGACCAUCACAGCGCUCUGAUGGCAGACGUCCUGCUGCGGGAGGGACCCUCAGCCACAUUGCCCCUAAAGCAGGACCAAUCAGGACCUCCCUGGGCCUGUUGCCUCGUAUACAAAAUUGAGGAGUGGGGAGGGGAACAGUGAGGAUCCAGGCUUUGCCCUCUUCCAGGAUUGAAAGGGACAAAUGGGGAGUGGGUUCAGAAGUACUCAUCAGACCAAGUGAAGCCCAGCCUCAUACUCAGGGGUGCGGGAUCCAUGCCCACAUCAGACAGUCUGGGACAACUCCAGCUGCCUUCACCUCUCUGGGCAUCAGCCUCCUCAAACCUAAACCUGCCUUGCCAGGAUGUUAAGAGAAUCAAAAGGAAACAUGUAGAAAAGAUACCUGUGCAGGGCUUGAACUCAAAAACUAUGAGAUCAUGACCUGAGCUGAAAUCAAGAGUUGGACGCUUAACUGACUGAGCCACCAGGCACAUCUUCAAUUUUUUUUAAUGUUUAUUUUUGAAAGAGACAGAGUGCAAGUGGGGAAGGGCAGAGAGAGAGGGAAACACAGAACCUGAAGCAGGCUCCAAGCUCUGAGCUGUCAGCACAGAGCCCGACAUAGGGCUCGAACUGGACCAUGAGAUCAGGACCUGAGCUGAAGUCGGACGUCCAACCGACUGAGCCACCCAGGCGCCCCUUAAUUUUUAAAAAUUGUAUCAUUUUUGGAGCACCUGGGUGGCUCAGUCGGUUAAGUGUCCGGCUCUUGAUGUCAGCUCAGGUCAUGAUCUCAUUGUUUGUGAGUUCAAGCCCUGCAUCCGGCAAGGCACUAACAGUGAGGAGCUUGCUUGGGAUUCUCUCUUUCCCUCUCUCCCUGCCCCUUCCCCACUCUCCCUCUCUCAAAAUGAAUAAACUUAAAAAAAAUUAAAAAAUAAAAAAUAAAUUGUAUCAUUUUUAAAAAUAAUUCUUCAUUGUAGUACCAUUGAAAUAUAAUAGACAUAACAAAUGUUACAAUUUAAAGUGUACACUAUAGUAUAUUUUGACUUCAUGAAACCACCACCACAAUCAAGACAGUAAAGAUAUCUGUCAUUUCCAAAAGUUUCCUUGCCCCUUGGUAAUGUAUCCCUCCUGCCCCUCCUUGUCCACCCCCUUCCCUAAGCAGGGGGGCCUUGAUCUGCUUGCUGUCCUUUCACAUUAGUUUGCAUUUUCUAGAGUUUUUUUUUUUUUUAAGUUUAUGUAUUCUUUUUUAAAUUUUUUUUUUCAACGUUUUUUAUUUAUUUUUGGGACAGAGAGAGACAGAGCAUGAACGGGGGAGAGGCAGAGAGAGAGGGAGACACAGAAUCGGAAACAGGCUCCAGGCUCCGAGCCAUCAGCCCAGAGCCUGACGCGGGGCUCGAACUCACGGACCGCGAGAUCGUGACCUGGCUGAAGUCGGACGCUUAACCGACUGCGCCACCCAGGCGCCCCUAAGUUUAUGUAUUCUUUUAGUAAUCUCUACACCCAACAUGGGGCUCGAACUCAUGACCGUGAGAUCAAAAGUCGACUGCCUUUCCAACUGAGCCAGGUACCCCUACAGUUUUAGAUAUAUGGAAGAAUAUGGGGUGUAUUCUUUUAUAUGACUUCUUUCACUCAGCAUAAUUAUUUUGAGACUUCCAUGAUGUUGCCUACAUCAGUAGUUCCUCUUAAUUGUUGAGUAGUAUCUUACUGGAUGCACAUACCACCAUUCAUUCCCCUGUCGAUGGAUAUUUGGGCUUCCAGUUUUUAGCUCUAACAAAUGAAGCUGCUAUGAAUAUUCAUGUACAAGGUUUUGCAUGAACAUAUAUUUCCUUUUCUCUUGUGUAGUGGUAUCUCAGUGUGGUUUUCUUUUCUUGUAAUAUGAUUGCCUGCCUGGUUUUCCUUAUUAGGGUAAUGUUGGUACCCUGCUCAUAGAAUGAGUUGAGAAACUAUUCCCUUCUCUACUUUUUUAGGAAGAGUUUGUGGAGAAUUGAUAUUAUUUCUUUCUUACAUAUUUGGUAGAAUUCCUCAGUGAAGGGACAUGGGCCUGAGGUUUUUUUGUAGAAGGUUUCCAGUUACAAUACCAGUUUCCUUAACCGAAAUAGGACUAUUCAAAUUAGUUACAUCUUGAGUAAGCAUUAGUAUGUUGGGUCUUUUAAGGAAUUUGUCCAUUUCAUCCAAGUUGUUAAAUUUGUUGGCAUAAAACUUUUCAUAAUAUUUCCUUUCAGUAUCUGUGGAAUCUGCAGUAGUCACCUCUCUCAUUCCUGAGAUUGGUAAAUGUUUAUUUUUGAGAGACAGAGAGAGACAGAGCACAAGCAGGGGAGGGAGGCAGAGAGAGAGGCACAGAAUCUGAAGCAGGCUCCAGGCUCUGAGCUGUCAGCACAGGGCCCGAUGCAGGACUCGAACUCAUGAACCACGAGAUCAUGACCUGAGCUGAAGUCAGACGCUUAACCGACUGAGCCACCCAGGCGCCCCCAUGUCUUUUUGUUGUUAUUGUUUUUCUUUCCUAAUCAGUCUGGCUACAGGUUUAUCAAUUUUAUUGAUCUUGUUAAAGAAUCAUCUUUUGGUUACAUUGAUUUUUCUCUAUGGUUUUUUUGUUUUCUAUUUCACUGACAUCCAUUUUGAUCUUUAUUUCCUUUCUUAUGCUUCCUUUAGAUUUUAUUGGCUUUUCUUUUUCUAGAUUCUUAAAUGAAUCUUCUUGUCUGGUGUUAAUAUAGCUAAGAUAAUUGAUCUGAGACCUUUUUUAAAAAUGUUUUAUU